CCCCCAUCACCCAUCUACCAUGUCGCGCCUCUUCGCCCGCGCGCUGACGACCUCGAGCGCGACGUACGCGCGCGCCGGCCCCUCGAUCGGGCUGCCCGCGCAGGCCGUGGCGUCGCAGGCGGCCUCAGCGCCGCUGGCGGUCCGCGAGCGCCGCGAGCAGUUCCCGCACGCGCAGCGCAAGUCGCUGCUCGUGAACCCGGGCGUGUUCGAGAACGGCGCCGCAUGGCCCGACCACCUCGAGAAGCUGUUCCAGAAGAUGCGCCGUGCCGGGCAGUACAAAGGCGACGAGACGAGUGCGCGCCGCGCCUUCCUCAAAGUCAACCAAGCGUGGCGGUCGCGUGUGCGCGGCGCCCCCAACGGCGACUGGGCCGAGUACUUCGCCGCCGAGGGCGCGCCGAAGGCCGGCACCGCCGUGCCGGGCCAGAAGAUUUGGCUGCCGAACAUUACCAUCCGCCUCGUCCGAAACUCGACGAAGCCGGGGCAGGCGUACGACCCCUGGACAGCGACGUUCCGCAUCCCGCCCAGCAUGACGAAGAACGACCUCCGCUCCUACCUCCACGCCGUGUAUGGCUUGGAGGUGACGUUCAUCCGCACCGAGCUGCGCGUGGGGUCUGUCGCGCGCAACCGGCGCGGACAGCUUGUGCGCCUCGGCGGCGCAGAGAACAACUUCAAGCGCGCAGUUGUCGGGCUCAAGGAGCCGUUCCACUACCCCGACGAUGUGGAGGAGAUGCGCGCGGGCACGUGGGGCGGCAAGGAGGCGGGAGAGGCGCAGGCGCAGGCGCGCGAGCGUGCGCUCGAGGGCGAGUUCCUCGUCGACGGCGCAAAGACGUUCCAGAAGAGCAUGCUCAUGAAGAUCAUGAAGGGGCAGCGCUGGCGCGGCAAGACGACGGCGAACGCGGGUAACAUUAUCCGCGAGAUUGCGCGCCGCCGCAACGAGCGUGAGGCGGCGCUCGCUAAUGCCGCCGCAAACCUCUACAUCCGGGACGAGAGCGCCAAGAUUGACGCCGCCGAGGCCGCUGCCGCGCCCAAGGAGUCCACCCCCGCUUAGACACUGUAUGCAUUGAUCACGCUUC